ACAAUGGGCUUUUUUGGCCUGGUGCCCGUGUUGUACUAGGGUUAUUGAUGGGCAUAGUGAGCUGAUCCACUGGAGCAUCAAAGCAUGCUUUUCUGGAGAUGCAAAACUUUAAGACAUGAUUCCAGAAAUAACUGUAUCUCAAGGAAGACGUUAUUAAGUCAAGCGAAAGGCAAACCCAAGACUGCGACUUGAAACUACUGACGAGCCUUGGGUAUGCCUCAUGAUGCUCCUCCUGGAUGGCACUGGUGAGCAUCCGGGCCGUUCUCCAACAGGCCUCGGGGCGCUCCACCGCUAGAGGUUCCUACUGGUCCCCUCCUUCCCCGAGCCAUGGCUCAAAAGAAGGAGCCUCCUUUCUUCAACAAUGACCAUCUCGGUGCAGUCCCUUACAAGCUGGCCUUCUAUGAGACCAUGGAGCUCUUCAUAGAGACACUGACAGGCACCUGCUUCGAGCUGCGUGUCUCACCCUUUGAGACCGUCAUAUCUGUGAAGGCAAAGAUCCAAAGGCUUGAAGGUAUUCCAGUUGCUCAGCAACAUUUGAUCUGGAACAGUCUGGAGCUGGAGGAUGAAUACUGUUUGCAUGACUAUAACAUUGCAGAGGGCUGCACUCUGAAGUUGGUCCUUGCGAUGAGGGGAGGGCCCAUCAACACUAGAAGAGUGACGGUGGACAACUCGCUGAAAGAGAUGGCUGAGUACAUGGAGGCCAGCCGAGAGGAGGCGUGGGAGAAGGCCGUGCCCAACAAACAGGUCACCUUCCUGGUGUACCGCGAGGGAGACCAGCUCAACUUCUUCCGGGUGGUGGAUCGAGGAGAUGGCACGCUCACACCAGUGUCAGAGUCUUUAAGCGGGGGCUCGGUGUACAACGUCUACGCCGAGGAGGAGGAGGAGGAGGAGGCCGACGGCGUGGCCAUGGGCCAGCAGGCGCUGGAGAACUCCAUCACCAUGACCAAGAUGAAGCUCCUCAAGGCCAAGAUGGAGAACAUGAACCUCAGUAAAAAGCCCAAAAAGAGUGCUAAGCUGAAGCCCAGGCCACCUGGGGGCCCCCGUGCCUGCAGCACCUCCUUCCCCCCCGGGCGCCACCACCACCACCGCCUCCUCAGGGUCCAUCCUCCAGGUGGCCAACCGCACAGCAGCGCCACAACGCAUCUACCUCCAAUCGAGCACCAGCAGCCGCCCUCCGACCCCGCCGCCGCCGCCUCUGCCUCCGCCUCCUUCUCCGCUGCUCUGCCCACCCACAUGGCGCUGUCCGCCCUCCCCGAGUGUGCCUCGAGCGGACAGGCCUCGCCGCUGUUCGCCGGCUCCAACUGUUACAUGCUCCGCGAGGAGGAGCCGUGGGAGUGCCCGGUCAGCAAGGUCCGGCCCCCUCCCAAAGUGUCCCGGCUGGACAUGGGCGGCUCCAAGUUGGCGACGGGUUGCGUGUACCCGCCCCUGUCGUCGCUGUGCCCGAGCAGCGCGAUGCCCGAGGGCUCCGUGGGCGACUCGGACCUCAAGGGCAGGGGGCUGGCGCUUCUGAACGAGGCGGCGCUGCCCGAGAAGCAGAAGCUGCUCCCUCUGAGCGAGCAGCUCCAGGAGCCUCUCAGCCUGGAGCUGCCGGCCCCUAAGGAGGGCUCCAUGGAGGCGCUGGGGGCCGUGGCCGAGCAGCUCCCCGCCGCCCCGCUCCUCUCCAAGGCCUUGGCCUCCAGCUCGGCGGGCGGCUGGGGCGUCGGGGCCGCGCACGUGUCCGAGGGGUCGCGGCUGAGUGCGCUUUACCUCCCCACGGAGACGGGGGCGGCAUCGUCAUCCUCCUCCUCCUCCUCCCCGUCCAGCCAUCGCCUCCUGCAGCCUUUCGACUUCACCGGAGCCUCCCUGCGGUCCAGCCCGCCGCACUGCCGCCUGGCGCUGGACGACCGCCGCCCUCGCGGCUCCCCGGCGCCGCCCCCGAGCGCCGCCGCCUCCCCCUCCGGCCACUUCGCCGGCCCCUCCCGGAGCGUCCUCUCCCGCACCGAGGCCAGGGACAUCACCAAGAUGGCCAACAAGGCCGCCAAAGAGCCGCUGGGCUCGCUGAGCAGCGCCGAGCUGCUGGCCUCCCUGGCGCGGCGUGGUGGCGGCGGCGUUGGCGCCGGUGGCAGCAGUGGCGUUGUGCGGGAGGGGCCCUUGGGCCCGGCGCCGCCGCCCCGCGUGCUGGAGCGUCUGGAGAGGAUGUGCGGGCCCGAGCCCCAGCUCCAGGCGCGGCUCCAGGCCAGCCUGCAGGAGCUGCAGCAGGACCUCCUCCGCCGCAUCUGCCCCCCGCAGCGGCCCGCCCUCCCCCACCUGUCUGCCAACAGUCUGGGUGCAACAGGACCUUCAAGUACCAUACGGAGAUUAGGAACUCCAACAUAUCACCUCCCGCCAGUGAAGCCCCCGCUGAGCUCCAAGAAAAAGAGCUCAAAGCACUGCUUCUUCUGCGGCAAGAAAACUGGGCUAGCCACCAGCUACGAGUGCAGGUGUGGCAACAACUUCUGUGCCUCACACCGGUAUGCAGAAACCCAUGACUGCACAUACGACUACAAGACAGCUGGUCGGCGUCUUCUGCAGGAGACCAACCCCAUCGUCACUGCCCCGAAGCUGCCCAAGAUCUGAGUUAGCUGACUCGUACUGUUAUGGGGUGCUGACGAGACGGGGACACCAAGAGAAAUGAUUUAGAGAGUAACGAACAUUUAAACGAACAUUUAAAACAAGGAACAUAAACUUAAUCACCAACGUGUGCUUUUUCUUCACCAUAUUUGCGUAAAGCUACAGUAUGUAAGGGUUUUAUUUGUUGUUGUUGUUGUUGUUGAUGUUGUUAUAUGACAUGCUCAAAAAGCAUAUCUUAAUACAGUUGUGCAUUUCCAAAGGCUUCAGUAAGAUGAGCUCAUUGAAGAGUCUGGGCUGCACUACAGAGAUACUCGCCUCUGAAGUUUCACAGCAAGCCUUGGUCUCUAACACAUCAGACACUCCGAGAAGCUCAGCAGCAGGGACUGGGCCUUCAGGAUUUCAGCCAGACUGCAGAUGAUGGGCUGGUGUGCGAGGAACGAGGGCUAGUAGGAGCCCGAUUUAGCCUUGCACUGCCGUCCCGUUCACUUUCAUCAAAUUUCAUUUGGAUUUUAAAUGUUCCACUACACUGCAGCCUGGCCGGGACGAUGAAUCAACAUCUUUGAUCAAGAUUAAACUUAAAUUAUCAGAUCAGAUUGAAGCUUCCAUGGCAAAGACUUAAUUUGUAUGAUUAAAAUUCAGGAUAGCAUAUAAACCCAUAUCUGUUGGCCCAUAUCCUGCAAUUUAACCAUGACAAGUGAUCACACAAGUGACUUUCUGUUCAGAUUUUUUAGAUUCAGAUUGAUUCAUGAACCUUUUCUCAAAAUGGUCUUUCUUAACAUUUUCAAAAGCAGCCAUUUUGUCAUUGUCACAUUUUAAAUGAAAGCACUUCCUCUCAUAAACACUCCCAAUAGAUCCCUGAUGAUAAAUUGACCAGAAAUAUAAAUAAAUAUAGAGUUUAGGCAACACCAGGCAAACCUUGACUAGAAAGUCUUACAUAUUGUAGCUUUAAGAAAUGACUUGUUAAAAAUGGAAAACGAAAAAAUAGCACACUUGCAUUAGUGGCUCACAUCCACUACAAUGUGAAAAACGGUCCAGUGUUUUUCAGCAAAAAAGAGUAAUAACACAUUUAGCUUGUACAUAGGUAGUUAUUUUAAGACGGUUAAGCUGACUAAAUGCACGACUCCACACAUAAAUAUGAAAUAAUCUGUUUUAGUUUUGUUUCUUAAAAUAGGACUGAAGCUCACCUUUCAUGAAACAGGUCUUUGAGAGAUGCACUUUAGAAAUAAUGAAUAUUUAUAUCAAUGUUUGACUUUCUUGGGGGAGGCAGGGGACUUAAGGGUUAUUGCGUUGGUCUUUGUGCUUAAGUGUUUUUAUGCUGACUGUUUUGAUACUCGAGCCUUCACCCUCUACCCCGCCUCUCUGGCCCAGCAUAUCCACAUGGCUGCUCUGUAAAACAGGAGAGAGGAUGGAGGCACAGAGGCUGUGCUGCUACACACACACUCUCUCUCUCUCUCUCUCAAAUGACCUUGCAAGGUUGUCCUGACUUCACAGAACAAGUAUGCAAUUUGCAGACGUAACUUGUACCGUAUUUCAUCUAGGUAUUGUAAAUUGUAUGCGGCCACUGUAUGCAUACCUGCAGCUUUUACAAGGGCAUGGGAUUUGAGGAUGGGGAAAUUAUGCUGGUUGUCAUGGUAAUUCCGUUUUACUCUGAUUUCUCUUGCUUUUUUUAUUGCACACAUAAGAAUCUGCUGUUAUUGCUUCAACUUUUUCAGGACUGUUAAGUAAUUAUUGAAGGUUUAAACAAAUAAAAUGUAUGUGUUUCCAGAGAGAU